AAAAGUAUCGAGGACUUUCUCAGAGAAGUGGAUGAAGAUUUAUUAAUAUAUGCUGGUGAAUUACGAAGCAAUGGUUUUACGUCAACAGCGAGCGCAAAGUAUCUAACAGAAAACGAUCUAGCGGGAAUCCCUGAAGGACAUAAAAGACUUAUCUUAAAUAUGGUUAGCCGUCUGAGAACGCCCGUACGUGAAAGACCGCAGACUAAGUUCCCCUCAUUCUCAGAGAAAAGUCCAGCUUCUAAAUCUCCAGCGAGGAAAAAAACUGUCCUUAGUGCUGGCGAGGCAAGUGUUGGACAAGAAGCACAGUGGUCACAACGUGAAGCCAGCGUCUCGCGCCCAACGAUAAGACGAAAAUUACUGUCUCCUGGAGAAAGAUUCAUGGACGAAAAACGACGCGCUGUGGAGGACAAACUUGCCGAAGCAGCUGAAAAACGAAAAGUGCUAGAAGAUUGUUACCGAAGAAUAAAAGAGGCUGCUUCCGAAAAUAACCUUACCGGCCAACGAUGCAGUAAUUGCCAUUACCGAAAUCAUACUGUUCGCAGUUGUCAGAUGGAAAAGUGCGAGUCAGUAUUUUUCUGUGGCGAAAUAACGCGACAUCCUGACGAAAAGAUGAAGCUCCAAGAGCAGAAGAACGAAAUAAAAGCAUUAGAAACAUCAGCAACUAAACUUGAACAAGAACUGAGGUCUAGGGAAGCAGCUUUUGAUAGAGUGCAGGGGUCUGUAAACAAACAACUAGAAGACAUGCUACUCAAAGAAUACCCUGAAGAAUAUGUCCAAAAUAAUGCAAGAAAUUGGCUGAAAAUUCAACAGGACAUUGCGUUUGUGAAGAAAUCAUUAAAGGGCAGUGGACCGCCUCGACGAGAAAUUGUGAAAUCUCUCCUUGAGAGAAAAAAGUCCGCUGAGAACGACAAACGCCUUGGACUUAAAAGUCUUCCAGAACGUGGCGCCGCCGCGAACAGCUCAACUGCUGAUUGCUCGCAAACCAGAGUCCGGCUCGAAAGCUACGGUGUAACUUUCCCUGAUCGGCGAAACUUUACUAGCUCAACCAGUUUCUGCUUGUCGCCAAGUACAGCAGAGGAAGAGGAAGAACAGCUUUGCAUGGCUAAACAGUUGUCUCUUGGUUCCAUACCAUUUGAUAAUGGCGAUAACACUGAACAAACUAAGGAAGUGGCCAAUAUUUUGCUGUCCUUCAAGUCUUCAAACGAAUGA